CGUCAACUUUAAUUGCAUACAUAAAAAAAUAAAAUAGAUUGAUUACACUCUUCAUAGAUUAUUGCUUAUAUAAACAACACGAAACAACAACAAAUGAACGAGGCUUUACCAAAUAUUACUGAAUUACGAAACAACAUUGACUUUGCUUCCAUUUCACAAUUCUUUCAUACAUUUCAAUCUGCUUUUCAUCCUUGGCCGACAUCUACUCAACAGUUGAUAUACCGUACAAGAAUAGAAGAAGGACAGGAAUAUGUAUUUGAAACAGAGGACCUUGAACGCAUGUUUUUGGAUUAUUCUGAAAGAUCUCGCCUAGAAGACCUGAUUGUACGCAUGUUACGUCUAUUGACUCGUAAUCGAUUUAUAAAUUCUUCUACUUGGCAAACCUAUUUUGCCAAAGAAUUCGAUAAAAGAGAACCCGAUAUGACAAAUCCAUUCUAUAAUCAACAAGAAUCAAUACAGACGACCGAUGAUUCAAGCAUGUUGGACUUCUUUCAGUUGUCACUUGAAACAAGAGUACACUUGUUAUAUCUACUAUGUGAAUGGCAACUAGAUGAUCCAGAAAGAUUCCGUGAACAUUUGGAUAGCGAAGAAGGAUCAGCACAGUGGAGAGUGGAUCCUAUUGGAUAUGACAGUAAAGGUGCUACUCUUUGGUUAUUUGAUGAUAACAGACUCUAUAUGGAAACACCGAAACCAUCUGUUAAGCUUCGUAAAAAGAAGAGUCGACCUGCUUACAAGGGCACAUCACGUAAAAGUUCACGUAGGGCUGCUGCAAAAAAGGAACCUGAUCAGGACAUGGAUGAAAAUGAACAAGAAUGGAUACCAUGGAAACUGAUAUGUUACUCAAAACAAGAUUGGGAACAGAUUGCUUCGAGAUACGAACAUAGCGACCAUGCUGAUGAAAAACGGUUUUAUAAUUUACUUAUUAAUGACCUAGUGCCCAAGGUGUUACCAAUACUAGAAGAACGAGAAAGAGAAAUCAAGAAACAAGAGGCUAUCAUCCAUCGAAAGCGAAGUUCACGUAUCAUGAUUAGAGAGUUGGAAGCAUUGGAAAGAGCUUCGAGUAGUGAACCUGAAUUUGACUUUAGUUCUCCUGGAGUCAAGACAAGAUCGUCCAACAGAAUUGAACAAAAUCCUUUGGAUAAAGAGCGUAAAGAGAAGGAAAAUUUAGCAAAAGCAAGAGAGGAACGUGCAUUGGAGCGUGAAAGACGUUUGAUGGAACGUGAAUAUCGUGCAUUGAUUCGUGAGAAAGGUCAAGAUGAGAAUAAUAGAGAAGAGUCACCCAUGGUAGAGGAAAGAAUCGCCAAUGAUAACGUCAAAAAGAAGAGAAAAGAAAAGUUUGAUGAAUAUGGUAACCCAAUACCUAAAAAGAAGAGAGGAAGGAAACCAAAGAAUAAGUCUGCAGAAGACUGGUUUUUCAGCUGCAUCUGUGGAGUUUCUGGUAGAAAUUUGGAUGAUGGCACGCCAAUGAUUGCUUGUGAGAAAUGUGACACCUGGCAGCAUAUUCAAUGUCUACAGCGGUCUGGACAAGUGGAUAAAAAUGCGGAUCAACUGGAAGAGGUGUCAUUUAUUUGCCAAUCAUGCUCUACAAAAGAAGAAGACAUGGAUAUUGAUAUUGAAGAACACGAUGAUAAACAAAAAGUAGAUGCAUCCUUUGUUAAUACAACUCCCCUUAACUACAGCAUCCAAACCCCACAGCCUGUGAAUAUACUUCCAUCUCAUUUUAGAGAAUUACGGCCAAAUCUUGUUACUGAACAAGUAUUUCCAAUUCAGUCUAUGUUGCUUCAUCAGCACACUCUACAACCUGCUCCCCCAAUAGUUCAUGAUAUACAACAUCGAUCGACAUAUCCUCAGCAGACUACAUUCAUGCCACAAGACUCAUCUACGACUGAUAACAAGCCUGUGAUGAGUCAAUUAAAUAAUCAAGACAGAAUAGAUAAUAACUAAUAUAAGAGUCUAUUUCUCAAUAGAUCCCAAUGAAAAAUAGAUACACACUUUGUCAAAUAUAUAUAUAUAUAUAUAGU